AUGACCUUUGACUGGAUAGGUCCGACCAUGGGCAAUGGUGACAAGGGGAUGGGUCGGGGUAGGCUGAUAGGAGGAGAGAAUAGUGGGGAUACUGGUCAUAUAGGUGGAGGCCUCCGAAUUAAUAAUUCACGACAUUGAAAAGGAAGCAAAGAGAGCGUGUGUAUUUAGUGUGGAGGAGGUCGGAAGUGAGGCAAAACUAGCAAAGGUAGAAGCGUCGAUAUCAUUAGUGUGGGAAAGGGCGUCAUAUUCCAUAGGCGUCAAGGUCAUGUGGAAGGUAGGAGCUAGAACAUGGGAUGAAGUGAGGGACGCUAGAGUUGGAGAAGUUAUUACUGGCUAUGUGGAAGUAAGCUUACCGAACUACUUCCAACACUUAGUAGCUGGAUGAUUCUACUUCACGUAGUAGGGACAUGGAGGAAAAGUGUUGUGCCUAUGUCUGCGAGAAAUACGACCACCGUCAGGGCAGGAAGGAAGGGAUCAUCUUGAGCCUGUAGAGCAGCAAUGGCAAGAGCUAAAAGAGUAUAGGUGGCACUUAGAGAAGAAGAAGAGGAGUGGAUGGACGUACUAGUGGUAACCUUAAGGGCUGUCGAGAAGAUGGAGUUGAGAUCAAGCAUGCGAUCUCUAAAGAGAACUACCUUCCGAAUCUAAGAUGUGAUGGACAUAUAAAGUCUAUUGAGAUAAACCUCAACAUAAAACUCAUAGUGAUAACGAUGGAGGGUCAAGAGGUUCGUAGUAGGGGGCUGAUAGAUAUCAGACUCCUAGAUGAUGGCUUAGAGGCAACCAUAGUGGGUCAGAAAAGAGAGAUCGUCUUAUUUGCAGGAGAGAAGAGACUCGAAGAUCUCUACAACUUGACCAAUGUUCAUCCGAUUGACGUAUAUGGUCUCCAUAGUAAGUCAUAG